CCCCUACCCCCCGCCACGCGAGGCUGCGGCGCACGGAUCAAGGGAUUGAAGAAUGUACCGGAUUCCACUGGGGAAAGUCCUCCUGAGGAAUGCCAUCCGGCACACAGAUGCUCACAAUAAGAUUCAGGAGGAAUCAGAUAUGUGGAAAAUAAGAGAACUGGAAAAACAGAUGGAAGAUGCUUACCGGGGGACCAAAAGGAAAAUGCUACCCAGCAGUUCAAGCCGGAUGCGCAGUGACGGUUUUGAUGAAGAAAGUCAAAGAGACUAUUGGAGGCCAAAGAAUGAAAUUUCUGGGACACUGGAAGAUGACUUUCUUAAGGCUAAAUCCUGGAACAAGAAGUUAUAUGAUUAUGAAGCUAACAUGCCAGACAGAUGGGGUCACAGUGGUUAUAAAGAGUUAUACCCUGAAGAAUUUGAAACAGACAGUAGUGAUCAGCAAGAUAUUACCAAUGGGAAAAAAACAUCUCCCCAGGUAAAAUCAUCUACCCAUGAAUCCCGCAAACACAAGAAGUCAAAGAAAUCCCACAAAAAAAAGCAGAAAAAAAGGUCACAUAAAAAACAGAAGAAAAGCAAAAAGGAAGCCAUGGAUAUAACAGCAGAUUCCUCAAGCGAGCUCUCAGAAGAAACUGGGGCUUCCAGUACAAGGCAAAAGAAACAACCGCAUAAGCUCAAGAAAAAAUCCAGGAAAAAGUCUCUCAAAAAACCUGCUUUAUUCUUAGAGGCAGAAAGUAACACUUCCCAUUCAGAUGAUUCAGCAUCCAGCAGUUCUGAGGAAAGUGAGGAAAGAGACACUAAGAAAACCAAAAGGAAAAAGAGAGAGAAAAAAGUCCAUACCCCUGUAGCCAACAAUGAAAUACAAGAGAGGACAAACAAACGCACAAAUUGGAAAGUGGCUACAGAUGAAAGGUCUGCUGAGAGCUCAGAGGAUGACUAAAUGGGAAACAUUUUUGUUUUCCACAUGACUGUGGAUAUUUACAGUUCUUACUCCUUGUGGUUUUGCAAGUGACUCUUGUUCAGCACUGGGGCCAGAGGUCGGAGCUAUCUUGUGCCAUCUAUAUGUUCCAAGAGACUUCUUGUCUUCUAUUUUGGCGUUAAGCUUGAUCCCCUUUUCUUGUUAAAAGGGAAUCUGGUAUUUUCUUAUGAAGGUUUCUCGAAAAGAUUAUUUUUUGCAGUUAAUUAAAUUUAGUAUAGAGCACAUAUACAGCAAAUUAAAGGACCCAGAAAGCUGGAUCCAGUGGUAACCUGGGUACACCAAUCGGAAUAUUGAAUUUGGGAAAGUCAAGGGCUGGGAUCAAGAGGUGGAUUGGAACUAAUGCUGUGUAGGAUGGUAUGACAAGGCAACACUAUAUUGCUCUUUGUUUAUAUAGCAGGUAUCACAACUGACUUGUCUUUAGCCUUGGUGCUUUGAUCCUUCUGUAUUUUGACCCUACAGGUAUGGUCCAGUUUACUUAAUCGGGAAAUGGGCCUAAGAACAAACAUUUUCUUUUCAUGGUAACAUCCAUAGACAACUUAUUAGAAGGGACUAGUUUCCUCAAAUUUCCCUGCUGGACAGGGCCUACAGCUGUACUUAGUAUACCCCUAAACAUUGUAAUUGGAUAGUAAAUGG